ACUUAUGGGAUAUAAAUCAUUCAGAUCUCCGUGGGCAAUGAGAUCAGUCAUCACCACAUACUUAUAAAUGUUUAAACAUUUUCAAAUUAUUUAAACGUAUCAGAGAAAACUUCAAAAAAGGAAAUAUUUCAUCUAUAUUACUUACAAUGGCUUCAAAACAGAGGCCAUCAGUGUUAUAUGCCUCUGAUGAGAUACAUGACUUUUCCUGUUCUGUGUGUAAAGAUGACAAUCUCAACAUUGAGGCCAAGCAUUUCUGUGGGGACUGCUCAAAGUAUUACUGUGACAAGUGCCUGACCUUUCAUGCCAAAAUACACAAGCAUCAUGUUGUAUUGGGCUGUAAGGAUGUGGACAAGUGGGUGGGGCAAGGUGAUGCCCUGGUUACGUGCAACCUUCACCCUCCGAAGGUCAUAGAACUGCUGUGUGAGGAUCACAAUGAGCUCUGUUGUCACCUCUGUGUGCCACUGAACCAUAGGAUGUGCGGAAGCAUCAGCUUGAUAUCUGAUCUGGUCAAGGGCAUAUAUAAGAUGACCGACUUCAAGCAGCUUCCAGCAAAAGUUACCAAGGUAACAGACAGACUGAACCAGGUGAAAGAGGCCAGAAAGAAGAAUCAGAACUCCCUCAAUACCUCAGGCAAGUCCAUGCUGACAAAGAUCAAGACUCUGAGAUCUUCACUGAACGAGCUGCUAGAUGACCUGGAAAAAAAGGACAGUGGAACAGGUGUACAGUGUCCUGGCUGACCUGAAUGGCUCACUACAGAAGGAUAUUGACCACUGUGACCUGCUACAUGACCAACUUAAGGCCUUACUGGACACAGUCCAAGCCCAGGGCAAGGAGUCCAGCUCCUACAUUGGCUUUAAGAAAUGCGAGGACAAGAUGGAAGAGGCCAACAGACUUCUCCAUGAGAUAGAAAACAAACAAGAGGCAACCAUCACUUUCCAGCCUGACACACACGCUCAACAAUUGCUAUCUGACUUGAAGGCACUAGCAAACAUCCACAAUGAUCCACAGUUUAAACAAUCAUCUGCGCAAAUCAAUCAGUCCUCUAAUAAAUCCAAGGUUUUCAAGGUGGAAGAAAAGAAAACAUAUGCAGUGAAUAUAAAGAAAGACAAACAGGAUUGUAAUAUUACGGGUAUGACAGAACUUCCAGGAGGAGAGAUUGUUCUGGUAGAUUUUCAGAAUAGCAGAGUAAAGGUGUUAGACAGUAAAUACAAGGUGACAUCCAACUGUGAUCUCCCUGAGUCUCCUUAUGACAUCUGCCACAUCUCAGACCAUCAAGUAGCUGUAGCUGUUGAAAAUGGGACUGACAGGCAUGAGGUCCACUUUCUCACCGUGUCAGCUGACACCAUCAAGAUGACCAGGAAGUUCUCAGUUGACCAUGAGUGUGGCUCCAUCAAGCACCAUGGGGGCCAGCUGUAUGUGGGCUCCCUUACCGCCCUGUAUCUAUACAAAACAGAUGGAAGCCUGGUCAACAAAAUAUAUGAAGACACAUCUGGGAAAUGCACAGUGAACCACUUUGCCUUGAGCACUGAUGGCAGCAAAUUAUAUGUUCCAGCCUCCAGCAAACACAAGAUUGUAACCAUUGACAGUGUAGGCAACAUUCUGGCUACACUGAAUGACCCUGACUUUCCCUGUCCUUGGAGUGUACAUUUGAGUGUGGCUGGACAUGUGUUUGUGUGCUCACGUGAAUCCCAUACAGUGGUGCAGAUUGACCAGGAAGGCAGGAAGAAGCUGGCCACACUGGUCAGGGAGGGAGAUGGCAUCAACCAUCCAUAUUCAGUCCUGUACAGCACCCACACUGGCAGGCUCAUCAUAGGGGGAGAACAAAAUGACAUUCUGGUGAUGGAACUACAGUAAUAAUUAGUGGAUGAUCAAGGAUAUAGAGUGAAUAAAGAUGAACAUAGAUGAAUUGUGAAAAGUGUCUUUGAAUGAAGUAAUUCAAUACCAGUACAUGUAUAUGUACAUUUCAUCAUUAUCAUGGAUGUUGGGGGUAAAUCCACUGACUACAAAUUGAUUCAAUUGCAUCUGUAAUAUUGUAUCAUUAUGUUUGCAUAAUCUUUAGCAAGGACCCUAAUACAUGUACAAAAUAGUUAUGUUAAAUACUAAAUCUCUUGAAAUAGUAUUUUUGUGCACAGUACUAUUGAAUAAACAUAACCAUGCUUGCUUGGUAAUAAAGGCAUUAAAUGUCAAUUACAUUUGUUUGAACCACAAGACAAUAGAAAUACUUUCAUGUAUAUACUCCUUUAGUGUGUAGAUAGAAUCCAAGCUAUUCUAUUUAUAGAAAUGUCAUUUACUUGCCAUCAUGAAAUAAUGUCAUCAUAUAUAUAUAUAUAUUGGUUCAUACACUUUUCAACAAGCGUAAUAACUUGUAAUUUGACAUCAGAAAUAUAAAGCACUGUAAAUCGUACAUGUUAUAUAGCAACAUUUAAGGUUAUUGUUUCUAUAAAUCAUCAAAUUUUCCUUAUCAUCAAGGUUGGUUUUAUAAAUUUUAAAAAAGUUGUUUAAUAUUUAAAGUAUGUAUCAAAUGACAACACAUGUACUAUUCUUUGUAAAAUAAACUGUGAACUGUUGUAAAUUAAAAGAUUCAUACAUCA